UAUCCCAACUUCAACCCACUUUUAAAUUAACAACCAAAUCAGUACCUUCUUCUUCUCCUCCAACUUUUAAAUUACCCGUUUCUUCUGUCCCAACCACAAGUUGUUCAACUUAACUUACAAUUGCCCUCUCAACACAAAAUGUCAUCUCGCAUUGCCACGGAGAAUGCUCAACCGCUCACCAAUGCCACGCCGCCGCCCUAUUUCGACCUAAUGGAACUCGACCACCUCUCGCGCAGCUCUGUCUCCGCCGAGAUGCCCACACUCGGCCAGCUCCUCAAGCACGUUGGAGACGCGCGGAAGGAAGCCACCGGCGACGGCAGCCAAACGCCGCUGCACCACGCGCUCGACAUAACCGACGACGCCCGAAUCAACCCUAGCUCGUUGCCGUUCGUCCUCUCCUUCAGCAACCUCACCUACAGCGUCAAGGUGCGCCGCAAAAUAAGUCUCUCCACAAUCUUUCAGCGCCGGCGCGGCGGCGCGGCGACGGCGACGGUGGCGGGAACUCCUGGCGUGGAGGAGAGCACGUUCACGCGGACGAAGACGCUGCUGAACGACAUCUCCGGCGAGGCGCGCGACGGCGAGAUCAUGGCGGUCCUCGGCGCUAGCGGUUCGGGGAAGUCGACGCUAAUCGACGCGCUGGCGAACCGAAUCGCCAAGGGAAGUUUGAAAGGCAAAGUGGCGCUGAACGGCGAGGCGCUUGAGUCGCGUCUCCUGAAGGUGAUUUCCGCGUACGUGAUGCAAGACGACCUCCUCUUCCCAAUGCUCACCGUGGAAGAGACUCUCAUGUUCGCGGCGGAGUUCCGACUUCCGCGCACGCUCUCCAAGUCGAAGAAAAAAGCACGUGUCCAGGCUCUCAUCGACCAGCUAGGGCUCCGGAACGCGGCGAAGACGGUCAUCGGCGACGAAGGCCACCGCGGAGUCUCCGGAGGCGAGCGGCGGAGAGUGUCAAUCGGCACGGACAUAAUCCACGACCCGAUCCUACUCUUCCUGGACGAGCCAACCUCCGGACUCGACUCCACUAGCGCUUACAUGGUUGUGAAGGUGCUUCAGAGAAUCGCGCAGAGCGGAAGCAUCGUGAUCAUGUCCAUUCAUCAACCUAGUUACCGAAUCCUAGGGCUUCUUGACCGCAUGAUCUUCCUAUCCCGCGGCCAAACCGUUUACAGCGGUUCGCCGACGCAGUUGCCGGUUUUCUUCGCGGAGUUCGGUCAUCCGAUUCCAGAAAGCGAUAACCGAACAGAGUUCGCGUUGGACAUCAUUCGCGAACUGGAAGGCUCCCCCGGCGGAACGAAGAGCUUGGUUGAGUUCAACAAGUCGUGGCAGAGCAUGACAAAGCACAACCAAGAAACGACGACGGACGCCGAACGAAACGGCGGCUUGUCGUUGAAGGAAGCAAUAAGCGCUAGUAUUUCCAGAGGGAAACUGGUGUCCGGCGCCACCAAUACUGGCCCGAACGCGUCGUCUAUGGUGCCGACGUUCGCGAAUCCGUUUUGGGUUGAGAUGGCGACGCUGUCGAAACGGUCGCUUAUGAAUUCUCGUAGAAUGCCUGAACUGUUCGGGACUCGAUUGGGCACGGUGAUGGUGACAGGGUUCAUUCUGGCCACCAUGUUUUGGCGACUGGACAACUCUCCGAAAGGAGUGCAAGAGAGGCUGGGAUUCUACGCGUUUGCCAUGUCAACCACUUUUUACACCACCGCCGACGCGCUUCCCGUGUUUCUCCAAGAGCGUUACAUUUUCAUGAGGGAAACUGCUUACAACGCCUAUCGGAGAUUGUCGUAUUUGGUCUCGCAUGCGCUGGUGGCGUUGCCUUCCUUGGCGUUUCUCUCGCUGGCGUUUGCGGCAACCACCUUUUGGGCCGUGGGCCUGGACGGGAGCUUCUUCUUUUACUUUCUCAUAAUAUUCGCUUCCUUUUGGGCCGGGAACUCUUUCGUGACGUUUCUCUCGGGCGUGGUGCCUCACGUGAUGUUGGGUUACACCAUCGUGGUUGCCAUUCUUGCCUACUUCUUGCUCUUCAGCGGAUUCUUCGUGAACAGGGAUAGGAUUCCGAAUUACUGGAUUUGGUUCCACUACUUGUCGCUGGUGAAGUACCCUUACGAAGCUGUUCUCCAGAACGAGUUCGAUGAGACCACCAAGUGCUUCGUCAGAGGGGUGCAGAUCUUCGACAGCACGCCUCUCGCCUCGGUGCCGGAGGCUCUGAAGGUGAAGCUCUUGGAGAGCAUGAGCAACACGCUGGGCACCAACAUCACCACCUCCACGUGUUUGACCACGGGCGUCGAUGUGUUGCACCAGAACGCCGUUACCGAUUUGACCAAGUGGAACUGCUUCUGGAUCACUGUGGCUUGGGGAUUCUUCUUCAGGUUCCUCUUCUACUUGUCAUUGUUGCUCGGAAGCAAGAACAAGAGGAGGUGAUCAUCAUGCAUCAUGCAUCAUGCAUCAUGCAUCUUCCAUCAUCCAAAUACCUUGCCUUGUUACUCAAUUUUAAUUUGUGCAUCCUUUAUUAUUAUUAUUUUAUUUUAUUUUUGUUCUUUCUCUAUUCUAUUUGUUCUGUUCUUGCCAUGUGCAGUAAUGGCGUUUUCGGAAACAAAAGAAAAGAAAAUGUAAUCUUCACUUCGCUAAUUACUUGAAUAUUUGCUUAAUUAGGACAGACAUUCGUCUAUACUCAACUGUUUCGAUAAAUGUUUUCAUUGAAUAUGUUACCAACAAAAAGUUUUUUCAUUUAA